AUGGCUGAGCAACUGAGAUACGACGGCCAGGUCGUGGUCAUCACCGGAGCUGGCGGUGGUCUGGGCAAGGCCUAUGCCACCUUCUUCGGCUCUCGAGGCGCCAGCGUGGUCGUCAACGACCUGGGCGGCACCUUCAAGGGCGAGGGAACCUCUACAAAGGCUGCUGAUGUCGUCGUCGACGAAAUCGUCAAGGCCGGCGGCAAGGCCGUUGCCAACUACGACAGCGUCGAGUUCGGCGAGCGCAUCAUCGAGACGGCCAUCAAGGCCUUUGGCCGCAUCGACAUCCUCAUCAACAAUGCCGGCAUCCUGCGCGACAUUGCCUUCAAGAACCUCAAGGACGAGGACUGGGACCUCAUCAUCAAGGUCCACGUCACGGGCGCCUACAAGUGCUCCCGCGCCGCCUGGCCUCACUUCCGCAAGCAAAAGUACGGCCGAGUCAUCAACACCGCCUCGGCCGCCGGUCUGUUUGGCAGCUUCGGCCAGACCAACUACUCUGCUGCCAAGCUCGCCAUGGUUGGCUUCACCGAGACGCUGGCCAAGGAGGGCGCCAAGUACAACAUCCUGUCCAACGUCAUUGCUCCCAUUGCUGCUAGCCGCAUGACCGAGACCAUCAUGCCCCCCGAUGUUCUCAAGGCUCUCGGCCCCGAGUGGAUUGUGCCGCUCGUUGCCGUGCUCGUUCACUCCAACAAUACCGAGAACGGCAGCAUCUUCGAGGCCGGUGCCGGUCACAUCGCCAAGCUGCGAUGGGAGAGAUCCAGCGGUCUGCUCCUCAAGGCCGACGACUCGUACACCCCCGGCGCCAUCUUGAAGCAGUGGAACAAGGUCAUUGACUUCUCCAACCCUCAGUACCCCUCUGGCCCCAACGACUUCUUGACCCUGCUGGAGGACUCCAUGAAGAUGGGCCCCAGCGACAAGGGCGAGAAGCUCGACUUCACCGGCCGCGUUGCUCUCAUCACUGGCGCCGGUGCCGGUAUCGGACGUGCCUAUGCUCUGGCCUUUGCCAAGCACGGCGCCUCCGUCGUCGUCAACGAUCUCGUCAACCCCGACACCACCGUCGAGGAGAUCAAGAAGCUCGGCGGCAAGGCUGUCGGCGUCAAGGCCUCUGCCGAGGACGGUGAUGCCGUCGUCAAGGGCGCCAUUGACGCCUUUGGCCGUGUCGACAUUGUCGUCAACAACGCCGGCAUCCUCCGCGACAAGGCCUUUACCAACAUGGACGACGGCCUGUGGAACCCCGUCAUGAACGUGCACCUGCGCGGUACCUACAAGGUCACCAAGGCUGCUUGGCCCUACUUCCUCAAGCAAAAGUAUGGCCGUGUUAUCAACACCACCUCCACCUCUGGUAUCUACGGCAACUUUGGCCAGGCCAACUAUGCCGCUGCUAAAUGCGGUAUUCUUGGCUUCUCCCGCGCUCUGGCCCUCGAGGGCUUCAAGUACGGCAUCUACGUCAACACCAUUGCCCCCAACGCUGGCACUGCCAUGACCGCCACCAUCAUGCCCAAGGAGAUGGUCGACGCCUUCAAGCCCGACUACAUUGCUCCCCUUGUCCUCGCCCUCAGCAGCGACAAGUGCCCCAACCCCACUGGCGGCCUGUACGAGGUCGGCAGCGGCUGGGUCGGCAAGACUCGAUGGCAGCGAACCGGUGGCCACGGCUUCCCCAUCAACGUGCCUCUGGUGCCUGAGGAGGUCGUCAAGCAGUGGGAGAAGAUUGUCAACUUUGACGAUGGCCGUGCGGAUCAUCCCGAGAAGGCUCAGGACGGCCUGGAGAAGAUCAUGGCCAACAUGGAGAACAAGAGCGAGGGUGGUUCUGCUGCCGCCCCUACCAAUGAACAUCUCGCCGCCAUUGCUGAGGCUCUCAACAAGGAGGGUAGUCCUACCGAGUACAACUUGACGGAGCGUGAUGCCAUUCUGUACAAUCUCGGUGUUGGCGCCAAGAGCAAGGAGCUGAAAUAUGUCUUUGAGGGCGCAGAAGACUUCCAAGUCCUCCCCACAUUCGGCGUCAUCCCAGCUUUCAGCGCAGAAAUGCCCUUUGACUUCGACACCAUCGUGCCAAACUUCUCGCCCAUGAUGCUCCUCCACGGCGAGCAGUUCCUCGAGAUCCGCAAGUUCCCCAUCCCCACCGCCGGCCGCCUGCAUUCCCGCGGCAAACUGCUCGAGGUCGUCGACAAGGGCUCCGCCUCCGUCGUGAAAACGGGCAUCACUACUGUCAACGCCGAGACUGGCGAGGACGUGUUUUACAAUGAAAUGACUGUGUUUUUGCGCGGCGCGGGAGGGUUUGGCGGCGCGAAAAAGGGCCAGGAUAGGGGUCCUGCGACGGCGGCGAAUGAGCCUCCCAAGCGGGCGCCGGAUGUCGUCGUCGAGGAGGCCACGGGGGAGGAUCAGGCGGCGAUUUACCGUCUGAGCGGCGAUUACAACCCGCUGCAUAUCGAUCCUGGGUUUGCUAAGAUGGGAGGCUUCAAGGCGCCCAUCCUGCACGGCCUGUGCACGUUUGGUGUUGCUGGCAAGGCCGUGUACGACAAGUUCGGCGCGAUCAAGAACAUCAAGGUGAGGUUUGCGGGGCCGGUGAUUCCGGGGCAGACGAUUGUGACGGAGAUGUGGAGGGAGGGAGGCAAGGUUGUGUUUCAGAGCAAGGUGAAGGAGACGGGCAAGUUGGCGAUUGCGGGAGCUGCUGCUGAACUUGCGUGA